AUGUCAGUGAUGGAAAAACACAAGAAUGAUUCCUGGAUCCACCAGCAGGAACGGGAAGACCCAUCUGAGAAAUACCUGAACAGCAGCGAGGACUAUCUGGCCUUCCUCUACGGGCCUCCCCGCAGCCACUUCUUCUUCCCAGUGACUGCAGUGUAUGCCCUGAUUUUUAUAGUGGGGGUCGUUGGCAAUUUCCUGGUGUGCCUGGUGAUUCUUCGGCACCAGAAUAUGAAGACACCCACCAACUACUACCUCUUCAGCUUGGCUGUCUCCGACCUCUUGGUCCUGCUCCUUGGGAUGCCCCUGGAAGUCUACGAGAUGUGGCGCAAUUACCCCUUUCUGUUUGGGCUCGUGGGCUGCUACUUCAAGACGGCCCUCUUUGAGACGGUGUGCUUUGCCUCCAUCCUCAGCGUCACCACCGUGAGCGUGGAGCGCUACGUGGCCAUCCUCCACCCCUUCCGCGCCAAGAUGAAGUGCACCCGGCGGCGGGCUCUCAGGAUCCUCUGCAUCGUCUGGGGCUUCUCUGUUCUCUUCUCUCUGCCUAACACCAGCAUUCACGGCAUCAAGGUCCACUACUUCCCCAAUGGGUCCUUGGUCCCAGGCUCUGCCACCUGUGCAGUCAUCAAGCCCAUAUGGAUCUACAAUUUCAUCAUCCAGGUCACUUCCUUCCUCUUCUACGUCCUCCCCAUGAUUGUCAUCAGUGUCCUCUACUACCUCAUGGGGCUCAAACUAAAGAAAGACCACCUCCUUGGGGCAGAUGAAGUGGCUGCAAAUAUUCAAAGACCUUCCAGAAAAUCUGUCACCAAAAUGCUGUUUGUCUUGGUCUUAGUGUUUGCUCUCUGUUGGGCCCCAUUCCACAUUGACCGGCUCUUCUUCAGCUUUGUGGAGGAGUGGACUGAAUCCCUGGCUGCUGCGUUCAAUCUCAUCCAUGUGGUAUCAGGUGUCUUCUUCUACCUGAGCUCAGCCGUCAACCCCAUUAUCUAUAACGUACUCUCUCGCCGUUUCCGGGCAGCAUUCUGGAACGUGAUCUCUCCUUGCAAACAGGGGCACUCCCAGCACCACGUACAGGGGCCACCUGCCCAGCGGAACAUCUUCCUGACAGAAUGUCCCCUUGUGGACCUGACUGAAGAUGCAGGUCCCCAGUUCCCUUGUCAGUUGUCAAUCAGCAGCUCUCACCUCCCUACAACCCUCUGUACUGGACAGGUACCAUAAAAGGAAUGCUCAAAGAGUUGACAUUCCUCUAUGCUGCCUUACCAUAGGGAAGGACAUCUGUAAUUUAUGGCUCCUGUUGUGAUAAUAGGGAGGUUAAAUGAGUCUUAAAAUUUACAUACCCAUUUCUAAUUUGGGUGGGUUCUCUUUUUUAGACAAACUUCUACUAAAACUGGAUCUAAAACCUAGAACCUCCUGAUUUUUAGUGACAUUUCCAUUAUCCCAACUGACUCAUGCCCCUUCACUAGUUCAUGGAAAGAAAAAAAUAUAU